AUGGGAGAAAAUUACGGGAGAACAAUAAUUCUCCGAGUCGCACAGGGCAAAACGAUCACCGGGGAACUAGUGCAGUACACUGGCGCAGGAGCUACGGAGAAAAACGACCCGGAGCUACGGGAGAAGGCACGACGAAUUGGUACGAAUUGGUGCACGAUUGGCUCCGAUCUCCUAGAGCUGCCAGAUAGGAAUGCGACGUCUUCUUGCGGCUCCAGGAUUCCUUAUGACGCAAAGGUCCACCGCGACGAAGCAUUGUCUCAAUUCAAUCCAGCACGGAUCAGGCCGAUCCGCCGACACACCGGUGCGGCAUCCUUCAGGCAGAACCCUAGACGAGCGACGUGCACGCCCGGCAUGAUUCUGCCGCGCAGAGGAUCACAGUCUGAUUGCAUGACAGGAUCCUGCGCGCCACACGGUCGAUCGGUCGGUGUCCGGCCUCGCCUCGAGGCCGGAACAGACGUCCGCCGGGGUUAUGGGACGGAUACAUUCAGCACAAGUUUAAGAUUUCCAAUUCCAAUUCCAAACCAUGUCCACGAAGGUUAA